UCACUCAAUCAGCACCUCGGUCGGACUCAAAACAGAAGGCUUCGGUUGGGGAGACAACUCAGCAGUGUCUGUGGGAUUGUUUCUAUCUAGCUUUUCGUCAAAGAAACGGUUCAUACGAGAGUGCCACAGGUAAGGAUUGGUGAAGAGACUUGCAUCCGCUAUCUCACGUUAGCGUCAUGGUUAACCGGGCGGGCCCUCAGCCAGGUCAAUGAGCCCACAACAACCCACGGAGGAAAAGGGAGUUGCUAAGCCCCAUCUUAGCUCACGGCUACAUCGUUUAGCCUACUGGAGGUAGAAGAAACCAAGCCAGCCACUACUACCUGGGCCUUCAAGGUUAGCUAGCUAGCUAACAACCGGUGGCAUGUGAACCCAGUGCCAUAAGAAACAUGUAAUGAGACACUAAAAUACAAAAUGUCUGCACACUACAGGAAGUGAGUCAAACAAGCGCUUCAGCAAAUGAUCCUGAUUUGAAAGGUCCUUUUUUCCCUCCCUCGCCACUUUUUCCUGUCUUUUAUUUGUGGUUCAUUUAUUUUGGUGCUGCUACUCAGAGAGCCUUGUCAUCUCAGCGGCUGAGCACAACUACGUCGAUGGUUUGGGGUCAGCCGGCGCCCACUGACGGACAGAAAGGCCCUGUGGAUUUCACAGCACACAGAGAGGAAACAUGAGCACAGCCAAGCCCAGCGGGCUCAAAGCACCCAGCAAGAUAGGCAGGCCGACGGGGGCGCCAGCCACCAAGACCUCCCCUUCCACUGCCGGACCCAAAGUAGUCGCAGCCGACAAGUCCACUCCAGGUGGCGGUGCAGUGGGGACGCAAGAUGGCGGGGAGAACUUCCAGGUCGGGGAGCGGGUGUGGGUGAAUGGGAACAAACCUGGCGUGGUGCAGUUCCUGGGGGAUGCUCAGUUUGCACCAGGACAGUGGGCUGGUAUUGUGUUGGAUGAGCCCAUUGGGAAGAACGAUGGCUCGGUGGCAGGGGUGCGCUACUUCCAGUGUGAGCCCUUGAAGGGGAUAUUCACUCGCCCCUCCAAGCUGUCCUACACAGAGGGCGAGGCCAACGGGACUCAGACAGCACCUCCAUCCCGGGCUGGGUCACCCACCCCCUCCACCACCAGCCUGGCCUCUCACACCCCCUCUGUCAAGAAGGCCUCAACUGCAAUGCCCGCCACUCCAGCCUCCAACCUGGCACGCACAAACAGCGAGUCUAUCUCCAACCUCUCAGACACCGGCUCGGUCAAGAAGGGGGAGAGGGAGCUGAAGAAUGGAGACCGUGUUUUGGUUGGUGGCACAAAAGCUGGUGUGGUUCGCUUUCUUGGUGAAACGGACUUUGCCAAGGGAGAGUGGUGUGGUGUGGAACUGGAUGAGCCCCUGGGAAAAAACGAUGGGGCAGUGGCAGGAACCAGAUACUUUCAGUGCCAACCCAAGUAUGGCCUGUUUGCCCCGGUCCACAAGGUCACGCGCAUCGGCUUCCCCUCCACCACGCCGGCCAAGACAAAGGCCACGGUGCGGAAGGUGGUGGCCACGCCCUCAGGCCUGAAGCGCAGCCCCAGCACCUCUUCCAUCAGCUCCAUGAGCUCUGUGACCUCCUCUGUCAGCGCCAAGCCCAGUCGCACAGGCCUGCUGACAGAAACGUCAUCACGGUACUCAAGAAAGAUCUCUGGCACCACAGCAGUUCAGGAGGUGCUGAAGGAGAAGCAGCAGCACAUCGAGCAGCUGAUGGCAGAGCGGGACAUGGAGAGGGCAGAGGUGACCAAGGCAACCACCCAUGUGGGCGAGGUGGAGCAGGAACUGACCCUGCUGAGAGAUGACCAGGAACAGAUGGAGGCCAAGAUGGACCAAUUACGCACCCUGGUGGAGGCUGCUGACAAGGAGAAGGUUGAGCUGCUCAAUCAGCUGGAGGAGGAGAAAAGAAAGGUGGAGGACCUUCAGUUUCGUGUGGAGGAAGCUUGCAUUACCAAAGGAGAUCUGGAGACGCAGACCAAACUGGAGCAUGCCCACAUUAAGGAGCUUGAACAGAGCCUGCUCUUUGAAAAGACCAAAGCUGAGAAACUCCAGAGAGAGUUAGAAGACACUAGGGUGGCCACAGUUUCAGAGAAGUCCCGCAUAAUGGAGCUAGAGAGGGACCUGGUGCUGAGGACCAGGGAGGUGGAUGACCUUCGGUUGCGUCUGGAGGCCCAGCAAGAGUCAGAGGGUUCAGACUCCACUACCUCCCCUCUCUUGGAGGAAGUGAGCUCUCUGAGGGCUCAGCUGGCUUCUCAGGAAGACCAGCAACGGGUUGAGCUUGCCGGGAUGAGGGAGAAGCUGGCAGCGGAGGAGAAGGCACACAGUGAGGCAAUGGCCCAGCUCCAAGCCUCAUCCACCAAGAUUUCCACUGACAACGAGCAGUUGAAGCUACACGUCAGCCAGAACGAGAAGGAGAAUGCAGACGUCAUAGAGCUGUGGAGCUCUAAGCUGGAAUCUGCCAUCACCUCACACCAGCAGGCCAUGGAGGAGAUGAAGGUUUCCUUCAGCAAAGGGGCUGGCUCCCAGGCGACGGAGCUGGUGGAGACCAAGAGUGCCCUGGAGAGGCUGAAGGUGGAGCACAAGCAGGCACUGGAAGAGGCUGGGGCCAGGUGUGUAGCAGAGGCUGCAGCCCGGGCACAGGAGACUGGGGAGCUCAACAAACAGCUGCUGGUCAUGUCAGAGGAGAAGGAGCGCCUGGAGGAGAGCCUGCGGUCCAGUGUGGAGAGUGCUGAGGAGCAGCACCUGGUGGAGAUGGAGGAUGUGCUAGUCAAACUGCACACUGCUGAGCUGAAGGUAAAGGAACUGGAGGAGCAGGAGGCUAAGCUAGUCCAGCAGACCCAGAACAGUGCCAAGGAGGUCCAGGAGCAGGUGGCAGCUAUGGAGGCUUUGCGCUCCUGGGCAGGCCAAGGUAACCAAGAGCUCCAGAGUCUGAGGACCCAGCUGGAGGAGACCCAGAGACAAGCUUGCUCACAGGGAAACAAGGUCAGUGAGUUGAGCUCUGAGCUGGGGGGCAGGCAGCAGGAGAUCCUCUCCUUGCAGCAGAGCCUGACCUCUGUGCAGCAGAACACGGGCUCUCUGGAGCAAGAGCUGGGCAACCUGAAACAAAAACUGUCAGAAAGCACAGACGAUCAGACUAAGUCAACACAAACUAUGCAAGAGUUGUUUCAGAAGCUUGGCGAAAAAGAAGAGCAGUGCACAUCGCUCUCCACCAAAUCAGAGGCUCUUAGAAGCCAACUUGCAGGGCUGGAGAGGAAGCUAAAGGCUGGAGAGGAGAAGCUUGAUCAGCUCGCAAAUGACAAGGCCAAGCUCCAAAGUGACAUCUCAGACAUGAUGAAGUCAUCAGGCGACAGUUCAGCACAGCUUACCAAAAUGAAUGAAGACCUCACUCAGAAAGAAAGGAAGCUGGAAGAGUUACAGACUCAACUUGCAGAGGAGAAGGAGCAGAGAGCACGUUCUGAGGAGCAACAACAGCAGGAAGUGGCCCAGAAGGAGCAGGAGCAUCAGGGUCAGCUAAGCAACCUGCAGGAGAAGAUCACACAACUGGAGAAAAGUUUGCUCCAGGGUGAGGCCCAGGCCAAGGAGCUGCAGACCUCCCAGCAGCAAGCCCUGUCUCAGGCCUCAGAGCACCAUGCCAAGCAGCUCAAGGAGCUGCAGGGUCAGGCUGACCAGACCAAGCAGGAGCUGAGUGUCUCCAGGGAGAAGGCCCAGGAGUUGGAGAGGCUGGUGGCUGAGCUGCAGCCUUACAAGGAGAAAGCCCAGUUUCUUUCUGCUGAGCUCGACUCCUCCAUGCAGCAUGUUGAGCGAUUGUCCACAGACCUGGAGAAGCAAAUCUCAGCACUGGAACACAUGUCUAAGGAGAGUUCAGAUCUCAGAGCUCAUAAGGAAAAUCUUGAGAAGCAACUCUUCGAACUCCAGGCCAAGCUCUCUGCCUUGGAAGCUAGUCACAAUGAGCUCUCGGUUAAGACUAAAGAACUGCUGACUCUGAGGGACAAGCUUACAAAAGAGCAGGAGGAACUUUUGACCACAAAUCAGCAGCUGGAUGGAGAGAAGGCCUCACUAUUCAGAGAGAUUGAGAAGCUCAGAGUUGCUGUUGACGGGGCACAGGCCAAAAACGAAUCCCUCAGUCAAUCUGAAAUGGAGCAUCAGUCCCAAAUUGAGGAGCUACAAAAGACAAAUGCAGAGAAGCAGGAGGUCCUCUUAAAGUACAAACAGGAGAUCCAGCAGCAGGAAACUAAGAGGAAUCAGCUAGCAGAAAUCUAUGAGAAGACCUGUGAGGAAAGGAAUGGGCUCCAGGAAGAGCUCAAGCAAAGCAGGGAGAAGUUGAUCUCUGAGAUGGAUAGCCUCGUGUUAGAGAGGGAUGCAGCAAGAAAUGCUAAGAAAUCCCUUGAUGCAAAGAAUACAGAGUUGCAGACAAGGUGUCAGUCGUUGAGCUUGGAAAAAGUAGAUCUCUGUGUGAAAAACACUCAGUUGGAGGCCCAGAAGGAGACCCUGGCCAGAGGUAAAGAGGAGAUGUCUGCUCAAAUUAAUGCUGCUAUAUCUGACAAAGAGGCCCUCCAAGCCAUGAAUACGGAGCUUCAGAAUCAGCUGAAUAUCACCAAGAAGGAUCUUGAGAAGUCUGUCCGUGACAACGGCGAGCUCCAGGCUUCCAAAAUGAGCCUGGCCAAGAUGCUGGACGAGUCCAAGACCAGCAGUGAGGUUACAGACUCCGAGAGGCUUCACCUCAUGCAGGAGAAAGAGGACCUGCUUGCUACCCAGCGAAAGGUGCGUUCUGAGAAGGAUGAACUUUUCAAGGAGAUAGAAGAGUUGAAGGAGAAGCUCCGACUUUCUACACAGGAAGCGGCUACCUCAAAGGAGAAAGUCAAAGAGGUGUUGUCAUCUUUUGCCAAGGAGAAGAAAGCUCUGUGUCUCCAGAAUGAAGAGACAGAGAAGGCAGUACACUCCGUACGGAAAGAGAAGCUGGCCAUGGAAUCAAUACUGGAACAGCAGAAGAUGGAGAGUGACCGUUUGGUACAUGAAAAUGAAGAGCUUAAAGAAAAGCACACAAAGGAGAUCUCUGAAAAAGUUACUCUAACAAAAGAGCGCGACAAGAUAGCAGGUGAGAUCCGCAGUAUGAAAGACCAGCUGGACAGCUCCUCCAAGGCCAUUGAUGACCUGAAGCAAGCCAAUUACAACCUUACGUCCUUGCUAGAGGAAUCCAAACAGAAGAUCCAAAAGGUGGAGGUUGAGCGAGCUUCCUUGAAAAACAAAAAGUCUGAUCUACAGGCACAGCUGCAGAAGCUUUGCUCUGAGAGGGAGGCCCUUGAAAAAAGCACAACUGAACUUGCAGAAGAGCAUCAUAAACUAAAAGGCAACUCUGAGCAGGUGCAUUUGGAACUCAUCCAGCAGAGGGACACCCUAAGAAAAGAGCGGGAUCUCCUGCACUCCCAGCAGGCAGAGCUUAAUAAGAGCCUACAUAUCCUGCAGAAGGACAAAGAUGAUCUGCUUCUGCAGGUCCAGGAGUUAAAGGGUCAGACAGACUCACUUUCAAAGGAAAAAAGGAUUAUUGAAUCGCAGCAGCAGACUGAAGCCACUGAGCGAAGUAAACUGUCCUCUGCAAAGGAUGACCUCUCCAGAGAGCGAGAUAACUUACAGAGUCAGUUGUCCACUCUGACACAGAAAAACACUUCCCUCCUGCAGGCUGAAUCUAUCCUGAAGGCAGAGAUUGCCUCUGUUAGUGUUGAAAGAGACACAAUGGCCUCUGAGAAAAAUGGUUUGUGUUGUGAUUUAAAGCAACUUAAGAUGACUCACACUGGAUUGUUAGGUGAGCAACAUGGUCUGCUUGAGGAGAAUGCCCAGAUGCAAGCCAAAGUGCAGGACCUCACUCAGAAAUCUGUCACUAGAGACAAGGCCAUUGAUGAGUUGUCUGCCAGCCUUAAGGACAUUGGAGAGGAGAGAAAAGCCUUGGCUAGGGAGGUUGAGAACUUGAAGGCACAGCUGAAGCAGAGAGACCAGGAAAAGGAUGGCUUGGCUGAAGACCAAGAGUGCCUGUUUACCAAACUGGAGGAGCUUGGCAAAGAAGUCUCCUCCUUGGCUAAGGAGAAGGUAGACCUCCUAGCUAUACAGUCCAGGCUGGAGAAAAACCUUUCCUCCCUCCACAGCAGCCAAAAGAGUGGUGAUGAGGAACGCUCAAGGCUCCUGGAGGAAGUGGAGAAGCUGCGAGCUGCCCACACACAGCUUGAUGCAGAUGCCCAGACCCUACGUGCUGAGAAGGCAGGGAUAGAGGGACAGCACAAAGUCUCUGUGGAGGAGGCAUCUGUGUCUGCCAAGGCCCGGGAAGAAAUUGGCACCAAGCUGGAAGAGCUGAAGGUCGAGAAGGAUGCCUUGCUCAAGGAGAGGGACGAAGCCACCCAGCAAGUCACCCAGCUUGAAGCUCAACUCAAAAACAUUCUUUCCAAGCAGCUUGAGGCAGCAGAGUCCUCAGGGAAGAAUGCUGAGGCCAUGGAGCGGCUGACACAAGAGAAGGGCCUUCUGGAGCAGGAGAAGAGUGAGGCCCAGUCUCUGCUGGAGGAGUUCAGGAGUGCCAAGCAGGAGAUGACCAGUCAGCUGGAUGCAUUGAAGCAACAGAAUUCUAAAUACCAAGAGGAGCUCAACCUCCAGCUCUGCUCAGAGAACCAGAAAAUCAGCAGCCUGUGCCAGGAAAUUGAGGAGCUGAAGCAAGUUGCCUCUGUGAAGUCCCAGUCCCUGGUGGCCUUACAGGAGGAGAACAACAAGCUGACUAAGGAGGUUGGCAGCAGCAAGAAGGAGACCAGUGGCCAGCAGAAGCUGGAAACGCAGCAGUCCAAGCUCAAUAAACAGUUGCAAGAUAUGAAGCAGAGAGAGACCGCCUUGAAGAAACAGUUAGACGAGGAGAAAGCCUCCCUCCAUAAAAGCAGUGCCUUGAUCUCCGAGAAGGAUCAGGAGCUGGAGAACCUAAAGAGUGAGUUUUCAGUGCUGCGAGGGGAGAGCGCCACAGCGAAGACACUGAAGUCUACUGUCCAGUCUCUGGAGAAAGACAAGUCGCGGCUGCAGGAGCGUGUUCAGAGCCUGGAGAAGAGCCUUGCAGGAGGACAGGACACUCUUACCAGCAGCUCUGGUGAUGCAGCUCUGAACCAAUUAAAGGAGGACAAGGAGACUUCAGAGAGCCAGAUUGAGUUCCUGAACUCGGUUAUCGUGGACCUGCAGAAGAAGAAUGAAGACCUUAAGGGCAAGCUGGAGAAGAUGGCGGAGGCUUCCCUUAAUGGGAAUAAUGCAAGCGAGCUUGAUAACUAUGACGGCGGUUUUAAUGAAGGUCCCUCCAAAAAGAAGGUCCCACCAAGGCUCUUCUGUGACAUCUGUGACUGCUUCGACCUCCAUGAUACAGAAGACUGUCCCACUCAGAUGCAGAUGCCGGACUCCCCACCCCACACCGCCUACCACGGCAGUAAGGAUGAGGAGAGGGCUUAUUGUGACAUCUGUGAGGCCUUUGGCCACUGGACUGACUCCUGUAACGACGACCAGACCUUCUAAUUUAAAGCCUUCGAGAACCAUCUUUGGCACAAUCUCAACUUUUGCACAUAAACCAAAUUCUGAGGUGUGCAAGUGCACAUGGAGUUCUCUACUGUAUGGGUGUGUGCAUGUGUUUGUUUGUGCAGAAAGUAUUUAUUGCACAAGCCCCUAAGUGCUAUAAUUGGGAGGAUAUUGUCUCAAAACGAUCAACUUAAUUAUCCGCACCCACACGUCAUUGACUAGCAAAAGGGGCAGAAAUGCUGACGUAUUGUGAUAUAAGGUUUUCAUUGGGAAUUGUUUAAAAAAUCCACUGUUUGUGUUGCGACCUUCUUCAGUGUGUGCAAAAGAUGAGGCUAUAGUUUAUUUUUUUACACUUGGACAUACUUUGUACUUAAAAAAAAAAAAAGUUGCCUUGUCAAUCUGUCUGAUAAUUGUGUGGUGGAAAGGCAUGGAGAGGGGCGUGGCUGGCGCCUGUUGCCUGGCAGGGUUGGAGCAGUGAAGCAACGGCGUUUGACUUUUAGUUUAAAAAAAAAAGACUACCUCGGCCGUGUGGGAUGGUGGUCAAGGUUGAAGCCGCUAAACAAACCUAAAGCACUGCACACACUUUAUUCCUCUCCUCUUUAAAAUCCUUGGUUCCUUUUUAAAUGGCCUUUACAAGAACAAUGCAUAAUUAAAUGAUAAUUUAAGGAUAAAAUAUUGUAAACAGAUGGUAUGAUACUCAUGAAUUUCUGUACCUAACUUUUUGAAUGUUGAAUAUCUGUACAAAAAUAAAUUACAUUUAUGGAUACA